GUAGGCGCGCCUCUGUGCGUGGCUGUGUGUGCGCAUGCGCACUCGGCGCUGUUGAAGCCUUGGCGUUGGUCGCGCGCUGCCGGUCAGAGUUUAUGGAAAAACGAGGAAACGCGCUGUUUGUUUAUUUGUCGCUUUAGUGGUGAGAUUUUCACUUCCUGUGCGAGGAAACGUUUCUGUUUUCAAACAAAAAAAAAGUGACUCUGAGCGCUACAGGUUGUUUACUCUCAUGCUGUAGAGAGGCUCGCGCUUUGCGUACCUGUCGCGCGGAUUUGUUUGUCCCCCUCCACCCUCCGGUUCCCCGGUGAGGAGCACGCGAUGCCGUUGGGCCUGCGGAAGAAGAAGAAGUCGCGAGAGAGCUCGAGCCUGGUGGAGAAUGAGGAGGUCAGUGGAGGAGGUGGAGGUGGAGGAGGAAGCGGCGGAGGGCACGCGGGAAAGAGCGCGGCGAUGAACGGAGGCGGCGGCGGCGGCGGCGGAGGGCUCGCGCCACCACCCGCAAACCUGCGCCCCAAACUCGUGUUCCACACGCAGCUCGCGCACGGCAGCCCCACCGGCCGCAUCGAGGGCUUCAGCAACGUCAAAGAGCUGUACGCCAAAAUCGCCGAGGCGUUCAAUCUCAGCUCGUCUGAGAUCCUGUUCUGCACCCUGAACACACACAAAAUCGACAUGGAGAAGCUGCUCGGAGGCCAGAUAGGUCUAGAGGACUUCAUCUUCGCUCAUGUGAAGGGCAUCAAAAAGGAGGUGGAGGUGUUCAAGGCCGAGGAUGCGCUGGGCCUCACCAUCACAGACAACGGCGCUGGAUACGCCUUCAUCAAGCGCAUAAAGGAGGGCAGCGUGGCAGACGGCGUGAAGGUGAUCUGCGUAGGCGACCACAUCGAGUGUAUUAACGGGAAGAACAUCGUGGGGACGCGGCACUAUGAAGUGGCCCGCAUGCUCAAGGAUCUGCCGAAAGAUCAGUCCUUUAAGCUCAAGCUGGUCGAACCUAUGAAGGCUUUUGAGAUGCUCGAGCCGAGAUCAAAAGGAGCCAAGCCUCAGGGGGAGAACCGGAUCGGCACGGGCCGAGAGACUCUGAGACUCCGCUCCAAAGGCCCAGCCACUGUCGAGGAAAUGCCCACCGAGUUUGAAGAGAAGGCGGUGAAAAAAGUGGACGACCUCCUUGAGAGCUACAUGGGUAUUCGAGACACGGAAUUAGCGGCCACGAUGGUGGAGGUCGGACGGGACAAGGUGAACCCGGACGAGUUUGCCAUGGCUCUGGACGAGGCUCUGGGAGACUUCGCCUUCCCCGACGAGUUCGUGUUUGACGUCUGGGGAGCUAUAGGUGACGCCAAGCAGGGACGCUUUUAACUCCAAUACAACACGUAUACACACUCCGUGACAACUCAGCAAUAUGACUUGGGAUAAUGUUUAGUUAAAACAGCAUGUGGCAGGUAAAAGGAAAUGCUGUUUGAUAUCACUGUGAUCUUAGAACGAACACACACACACACUACAGCUCAAUCAAUCAAAGUGUACUUAUUCCACUGGAUAGCAUUAAAUACAACUUUUGUAUCAGGUACAUUUUAAAUAUCGAUAUUGUCUCCUGUUUGAUUGGACACUAACGUCAUUGUUUAUUGUGUCACUGUGAGGACGCACACUUUUCUGUAGGGCAGAGACAAGAAUCGCAGCAUUUGGAACACAGCCGUCCACAUAUCUCGGCAAUCUUAAGGAUCACUAAUAGAAUUUUAUUAGAAUAAAUUUAACUGCGCUUUAAUUUCCUAAUGUUUCACGUCGUGACUGUAACUCGUAAGGCUGAUUUGUUACCGUUGUGUAACAUCAUUCACAACUCGCUUUACAUCACUGUUGUUUUGCGUCAUCGAAAUUAUUUCACAAGUUCAUCACCGCGGCCUACAACAGGAAAUGAGCUCAGUAGAAUAUAAUUCUAUAUGUGACCAUAGUGAUAGGCCUGAUUUUAUUUUAUUUUCUUUCCUCCCCUCCCCCCCAUCAGUAGGUAUCUGAUGUUCACUAGUAAGCUCACUAAUACAAGGUGAAUUAUUGUAUAACUGGCUGAUCACAUUUAAUCUGCACUUGAUCCAUGGACUCGUCCCUCAGCAAAAUCAGGACGUGCCAUAGUCACAUGAUUUGCCAUGAAUUAGUGAUUAAGGGCACUUUAAAAUCACAUUUUUUUUUUUAUAACUGUCUAAACUGUAGUGCUUAUUAGGCAUGUGCUGAUACUGAUACAAAUCGGUAUAUUUAGCUUACACUAUAUUAUGACAGACCACUUGUUUUGUAUUCUCAAAAAGGCUACCUAAGUAGGCAGCAUUUGUGCUCCUGAGACGGAACGUCAUUAUUUUUGUCUCAUUUGUACUUCCUCUAAUUCUGUUUACUCAGAGUUGCAAAAACAUUACACAACCGUGUCGCAAUAUGCACGUGUUGUGAUAGAUAAAUUUACGUAUCAGCACACGCCUAGUCAUUUUUAAAUUGUGUUUUGUAUAUAACUAACACUGAAAAUUUUGUUUUGUGAAAGAAUUUCAGAUUCUGCAUUUCUUCAGUUUGGCCCAAUGAAGGAUUACACGAAUCCGUCUUGAUCAUGUUAUAAUAUAUUUAUCACUGCGCAUGGAAAGAUGUUAUAGUAACUUUAGACAAGGGUGAUUUUUGGAAACUAACCUAACCUUUUUUUUUUUUUUUGUACAGAAUAUGAAUAUUUAGUAAUCGUCAUUUUAUAGCUGGAUAGAUUUGUAAUCUUUUAAUUUAUUUGUUCAAUAAAAUCAUUUAAAACACUGACCUGGUGCUGAUGCCUUG